AUGAUAGAGGAUGAAUCGGAUUUUUAUUCAAAUUACGAGAGCAAUCAAGAGGCAUCUGAGGACGAUGAUUAUGACGUUGUAAUGAGUGAUGAAUCUAGCGACAGCGUAUUCUCAGAACCUCCGGUCCUCGUAGCCGAAACUUAUAACGAUGAAACUAUGUCUACUGAACAUGAUGAGCACGAGAGUAGUUUCUCAUCAGACAGCGAAAUGGAAAGGCUCGUCGAACUUAGAUCAGGUAAAAACUUGAAUUUCACAUUUUCCGGAUACCAUUUGGAGUGA